UUGUAUGACCACUAUUAGCCGUAGGAUCCCACUUCUAUAUCCCCCUGUACGGAUGCCUCCGGGACCACCACUCUAUAAAUUGCAUGGGACUUGGUUCCUCUUUACAACCAAGAGACUAAGCCCCAAGUUUUUAAGCAUUGGUCCUAGGUUUUACUUCUUCUUAUUUGAAAUGGGGAGCGAUUUUAUGUGGGUUUUUGGGUUAAUUCUCUAUUUUUUCAUGGUUUUUGAGGGUUUAGUGGUUAAUGGGCAGAGAGUGAAGUUCUUUAUUUUUGGGGACUCACUUGUUGAUGCUGGUACAAACAAUUACAUUAAUACCUCCAAGAAUCAUCAGGCGAAUUUCCUCCCCUAUGGAGAAAAUUCCUUCUUUGCAAAGCCCACAGGCCGUUUCUCAGAUGGGAGAAUCACACCAGAUUUCAUAGCCAAACUCGCGAAGUUGCCCCUCAUCCCACCAUACUUAGAACCAGGCGCGGAUCACUCUCAUGGAGCUAAUUUUGCCUCAGCUGGUGCUGGAAUUCUUAACAAAACAAACAGAGGCGAGGUCGUGACGAUGGACAUGCAAAUUGAGCAAUACUUCAAUCUCAGCGAGAAGUUUAAAAGAAAUUUGGGGGACGCAAAAGCCAAUCAAGUCCUCUCAAAUGCUGUUUAUUACAUGACCGCUGGGCUCAACGAUUAUAAGGUGUUUGUCAUGGAUUAUGAAGACCAGUUAUCCUAUUGCAAAGACGAAUUUGUUAGAAAUGUCAUUGGUAUGCGAUCGCACAUGGGUGGCAGGUGUUUGGCAACCGCUUCUUCUUUUGUAACUCAUCACAAUGAUGCUCUCGAGAACCUUUUAAUUAGCUUGACCUCCAAAUUAUCGGGCUUCCAGUAUGUCUUCUUUGAUCAUCACGAGUUUCUAACUCCCAUGAUGGAAAAACCAGAUCAACAUGGUUUCGAUAGUGGCCAUGAUGCUUGUUGUGGCAGCGGGCAAAAUCGAGGGGAAUACACAUGUGGUGGAAAGAGUGGGGCUGCCACUUAUGAGCUUUGCGAAGACGCAUCUGCAUAUGUGUGGUUUGACUCGUACCAUUACACAGAAGAUAUACAUAGGCUUGCAGCCUACAAAAUGUGGGAGGGGAAUAAGAGUUGUGUGCGGCCGCAAGCUCUCAAGAAUUUCUUCAAUACAAGCAAUGAAGACGUUUCAAAAGUGCAUCUUGGAAGGAAAGGGAAAAAAUGAAUAUUGACUCCCAAAUCGUUUAUGUGCAGGAAUUGGGGUAGCCAUUUCUUAAACGAUGGUUAGAGAGAGAAGAACCGGAUGGCUGAGGAUGAUUCGGGGUUUUGAAGUUUAAAUAAUUGUUGUGCACUUU